AUGGCUGUCUUCAUUAUUUUGUCCCUGUUUAGUGUUCUGGUGACAGGCAUGGGUGAAGAUGGGGCUGGGAGUGAGAAAGGAGGUGAGAGGGAAUGUAAGUUGAACCAGCUUCCCCAUUGCCCCACCAUAUCUCCUAGUGCCCAGCCGUGGACACACCCUGGCCAGAGCCAGCUGUUUGCAGACCUGAGCCGAGAGGAGCUGACAGCUGUGAUGCACUUUCUGACCCAGCGGCUGGGGCCAGGGCUGGUGGAUGCAGCCCAGGCCCGGCCCUCGGACAACUGUGUCUUCUCAGUGGAGCUGCAGCUGCCUCCCAAGGCUGCAGCCCUGGCUCACUUGGACAGGGGGAGCCCCCCACCUGCCCGGGAGGCACUGGCCAUCGUCUUGUUUGGCAGGCAACCCCAGCCCAACGUGAGUGAGCUGGUGGUGGGGCCACUGCCUCACCCCUCCUACAUGCAGGACGUGACUGUGGAGCGUCAUGGAGGCCCCCUGCCCUAUCACCGACGCCCCAUGUUGUUCCGAGAGUACCUGGACAUAGACCAGAUGAUCUUCGACAGAGAGCUGCCCCAGGCUUCUGGGCUUCUCCACCACUGUUGCUUCUACAAGCGCCGGGGACGGAACCUGGUGACAAUGACCACGGCUCCCCGUGGUUUGCAAUCGGGGGACCGGGCCACCUGGUUUGGCCUCUACUACAACAUCUCAGGGGCUGGGUUCUUCCUGAACCCCGUGGGCUUGGAGCUGCUAGUGAACCACAAGGCCCUGGACCCUGCCCGCUGGACCAUCCAGAAGGUGUUCUAUCAAGGCCGCUACUACGACAGCCUGGCCCAGCUGGAGGCCCAGUUUGAGGCUGGCCUGGUGAAUGUGGUGCUGAUCCCAGACAAUGGCACAGGUGGGUCCUGGUCCCUGAAGUUCCCUGUGCCCCCGGGUCCAGCUCCCCCUCUGCAGUUCCAUCCCCAGAGCCCCCGCUUCAGUGUCCGGGGAAGUCGAGUGGCCUCCUCACUGUGGACUUUCUCCUUUGGUCUUGGAGCAUUCAGUGGCCCAAGGAUCUUUGACGUUCGCUUCCAAGGGGAGAGGGUAGCCUAUGAAGUCAGCGUCCAGGAGGCCUUGGCCAUCUAUGGAGGCAAUUCUCCUUCUGCUCUACGAAGCCGGUACAUAGAUAGUGGCUUUGGCUUGGGCCACUUCUCCACGCCCCUGACCCGUGGGGUGGACUGCCCCUACCUGGCCACCUACGUGGACUGGCACUUCCUUUUUGAUUCCCAGGCCGCCAAGACAAUACGUGAUGCCUUUUGUGUAUUUGAACAGAACCAGGGCCUCCCCCUGCGGCGACACCACUCAGAUCUCUACUCCCACUACUUUGGGGGCCUUGCGGAAACGGUGCUGGUCGUCAGAUCUGUGUCUACUAUGCUCAACUAUGACUAUGUGUGGGAUACGGUCUUCCACCCUAAUGGGGCCAUAGAAGUCAGACUCCACACCACCGGCUACAUCAGCUCAGCAUUCCCCUUCGGUGCUGCCCAGAGGUAUGGGAACAAAGUUUCAGAGCACACCCUGGGCACGGUCCACACCCACAGCGCCCACUUCAAGGUGGACCUGGAUGUAGCAGGACUACAGAACUGGGUAUGGGCCGAGGAUAUGGCCUUUGUCCCCAUGGCUGUGCCCUGGAGCCCUGAGCACCAGACGCAGAGGAUGGAGGUGACCCGGAAGCUGCUGGAGACGGAGGAGCAGGCCGCCUUCCCCAUGGGAGGCGCCACCCCUCGCUACCUGUACCUGGCCAGCAACCACAGCAACAAGUGGGGUCACCCCCGGGGCUACCGCAUCCAGGUGCGCAGCUUUUCUGGGGAGCCACUGCCCCAGAACAGCUCCAUGGAGAGAGGCUUCAGCUGGGGGAGGUACCAACUGGCGGUAACCCAGCGGAAGGAGGAGGAACCUAGUAGCACCAGCAUCUACAAUUUGAACGACCCUUGGACACCCACUGUGGACUUCACUGACUUCAUCAACAAUGAGACCAUUGCAGGGCAGGACUUGGUGGCCUGGGUGACAGCUGGUUUUCUGCAUAUCCCACAUGCAGAGGACAUUCCUAACACGGUGACUGUGGGGAACAGCAUGGGCUUCUUCCUCCGACCCUACAACUUCUUUGAUGAAGACCCCUCCUUCUACUCUGCCGACUCCAUCCACUUCCGAGGGGACCAGGAUGCUGGGGCCUGUGAGGUCAACCCCCUGGCUUGCCUGCCCCAGGCUGCUGCCUGUGCCCCCGACCUCCCUGCCUUCUCCCACGGGGGCUUCUCUCACAACUAG